AGCUGCGCCACAUUCUUGCUACCAAAGGCAGGUUAGAAGAUCUGGGAAUUUCUAUUUUAGUUUUGCACAUAGUCCGAUGUAUUGACAAGCAGGUUUCUGUUAUGGUUGUUUUCUUUCGCAACGCCACGAGGCCAGCCACUCACUCGACAAGUCAAGUCAAAUGCAUGCCUUCGGCGCUGGGCCGAAACGUUCGCAAAAACAUCCUGUUUCCGGCAGUCAUCGGCUGCAACAUGAUCUCAAGGCGCAUUAGACUAGAAUUCGUGGGAUAUCCGCGGGGGGAAGGGUGCAAGUGCCGGUUCACUCAUCUGUACAUGGUUGAUGGUUCUCCUUUUUCCAACGUUGCCGAAGCGUGCAUAUUGGGGUUGCGUGGAUUCUUCGCCGCUGCGCGGCUCGACCUCGGCUGAAAAGACCGGCCCUUUCGCCGUGACAAAAGGUCCGAGCACAAUGAAUGAUGAUGGGUUGACGCGGUUGUCACCCGUCUGAAGUUGUUCAACAUGAGACUUUAAACUUGGGCAAAGUUGUAUAAGUUGGCCAUGGCCCCUGGGUUGGUUUAUGGAGGAGGCCCCAUGGCCCUUUGCAGUUUUGCCCAUCGACCACACCCAUUUCAAGUCUAACUGAAGCUCGUUGGGACAAGGCCCCCCUCGGGAGCAUUCACUUGAACAUAAACUCCCAGAAAAACAGCCGACAACAACAUCCCGGUUUUCUCGCUAAGCAGACCUGGAUACGACUCCCGCCUCACAUCUUCUCAAAAGCUAUCAAGAUGUUACCACAAGUUUCGAGCAGGACAUUGCUCCUGAUCCCAAUACUCCUACACCAGGCCGUCACCGUCGUCAAUGCCCAGGGCACCAGCAACAUGCCACCGCUCAACGUGACGGCCAUCUCGGCGUCGGGGGGAGACUCGACGUUUGAGUGCUGGCAAUUCGGCCCCUUCACAUCGGUGACAGCCCCGGGGGUAAACGACGCGUCGGCGCUGCUGCUCACCACGGCGGCCACGCAGGUCAACUACGCCAUGUUCCCGGCCGGGUCGACGGGUGGCCUGCACCGGUCCCCGCGGCUGCAGUUUGUCGUCUUCAUGACAGGCCGGGCACGCAUCACGCUACCGAACGGCAACGGCACGUACGAGAUCAACGGUGGCGGGAGGGGCUGCAUGAUCGUCUCGGCAGACACGUCGGACGUUAGCAGGGUCGGCCACACCACCGACUACCCCGGCGACACGCCGACUGGGGUCAUGCAGGUGCCCAUCACCAACGGCAGGCAGGGCUUGGGCAGGUACAGGGUUCUACAUCAAGGGACCUGCACUGAGGAGGAGCUCGGCGGCACCAUCACGACGCCUAACGACGGGGGUGGUUACAUAGAUGGUUAGGGACAGGAUGGAUCAGGGGAGUAGGAUCUUCUCUUUUUUUGAUUUGGAGUUGAUGGAAUGGGGGUGGGAUGGUUUUUCUUCAUGGUUUUUUUUUUUUUCUUCCCUCACUUUUCAUGUGGUGCCUCGGGGGCUGCUCACAAGCAAACAGUAAGAAAGUUGGUUAGGAGUGAUUAAUGGGGAGGUUUGUUCGGAGCAAUAGAUAUUGUUCCAAAAGGGAUAUGGCUUAGAUGGGGCUAGCACAUACGGUGUUCCCUCCGUUCCUCGCUGGCCGGAUGGUCUCUGUAAUGGGAUUAGCGGGGAGGAGGGAGGAAAACGAAACGGUUUAUAUUUCGAUUACCAAUGAUGAUGAGAUAGCAUCCUGCAUUCUGGCGCAAUUUAUCAUAAUGCUAAAAGCGCAUUGCCC